GGCCCGGGCCCCGCGGGGAUGGAGCAGUCGCCGCCGCCGGCGCCCGAGCCAGCACCGGGGCCGACUCCGGCACGGAGCCGUAGGCGGCGGGAGCCCGAGUCGCCGCCGGCGCCGGCGCCGACUCUAGAAAUUCUUCAUUGGCGUCUUCUUCACUUGAAUUUCCUGUGAGGCUAAAAUAUUCCUCUCUUUGGUGCUAAGACUCUUGGUCGGAGAAGUCCUGAUGGACCAUUGUUGAGCAAAGCUGAAUUUGUUGAGAAGGUUCGUCAGAGUAACCAGGCCUGUCAUGAUGGAGAUUUUCACACAGCUAUUGUUCUGUACAAUGAAGCCUUGGCUGUUGACCCUCAGAACUGCAUCUUAUACAGCAAUAGAUCUGCAGCCUAUAUGAAAAUCCAGCAGUAUGACAAGGCACUGGAUGAUGCAAUCAAAGCUCGACUUCUCAAUCCCAAAUGGCCAAAGGCAUACUUCCGACAGGGUGUUGCCCUCCAGUACCUCGGACGUCAUGCCGACGCCCUGGCAGCUUUUGCCUCUGGACUGGCUCAGGACCCCAAGAGUCUGCAACUUCUGGUGGGGAUGGUAGAAGCUGCCAUGAAAUCUCCCAUGAGAGACUCCCUCGAGCCCACUUAUCAGCAGCUUCAGAAAAUGAAACUGGACAAGAGCCCCUUUGUGGUCGUGUCUGUGGUUGGGCAGGAACUCCUGACGGCUGGCCAUCAUGGGGCCUCUGUGGUUGUCUUAGAAGCCGCUCUCAAGAUUGGCACCUGCAGCCUCAAACUGAGAGGUUCUGUUUUCUCUGCCCUGAGCAGUGCUUACUGGUCUCUUGGAAACACAGAGAAGAGUACCGGAUACAUGCAGCAGGACUUGGAUGUAGCCAAGACCUUAGGUGACCAGACAGGAGAAUGCCGAGCUCAUGGGAAUCUGGGCUCUGCAUUCUUCUCCAAAGGAAAUUAUCGGGAGGCUCUCACUAACCACAGGCAUCAGUUGGUGCUCGCCAUGAAACUCAAGGAUCGAGAGGCAGCUUCAUCAGCCCUGAGCAGUCUGGGCCACGUGUACACAGCCAUUGGAGACUACCCCAAUGCACUGGCCAGUCACAAACAGUGUGUUCUUCUUGCCAAGCAAUCCAAAGAUGAGCUUUCUGAGGCACGAGAACUCGGCAACAUGGGAGCUGUGUAUAUUGCCAUGGGUGACUUUGAGAAUGCUGUGCAGUGCCACGAGCAGCAUCUGAAGAUAGCCAAGGAUCUGGGGAACAAGCGAGAAGAGGCCCGGGCCUACAGCAACCUGGGCAGUGCCUAUCACUACAGGAGGAACUUUGACAAGGCCAUGUCUUACCACAACUACGUGCUGGAGCUGGCACAGGAACUAACGGAGAAGGCCAUUGAGAUGCGGGCCUACGCUGGCCUGGGCCACGCUGCCAGGUGCAUGCAGGACCUGGAGCGGGCUAAACAGUACCACGAGCAGCAGCUGGGCAUUGCUGAGGAUCUCAAGGACCGGGCUGCGGAGGGACGAGCGUCCUCCAAUCUGGGAAUCAUACACCAGAUGAAAGGCGAUUAUGAUACUGCUCUGAAACUCCACAAGACCCACCUGUGCAUUGCCCAGGAGCUGAGUGACUAUGCUGCCCAGGGCCGUGCCUAUGGGAAUAUGGGCAAUGCCUACAAUGCUCUGGGCAUGUACGACCAGGCCGUCAAGUACCACCGGCAGGAGCUGCAGAUCUCCAUGGAAGUGAAUGACCGUGCCUCACAGGCAUCCACACACGGGAACCUGGCCGUGGCCUACCAGGCCCUGGGUGCCCAUGACCGGGCCCUGCAACAUUAUCAGAACCACCUGAACAUUGCUCGGGAGCUUCGUGACAUCCAGAGUGAGGCCCGGGCCCUCAGCAACCUGGGCAACUUCCACUGCUCUCGGGGGGAGUAUGUCCAGGCCGCCCCCUAUUAUGAACAGUACCUCCGGCUCGCUCCUGACCUUCAAGACAUGGAAGGAGAAGGGAAGGUCUGCCACAAUCUCGGCUAUGCCCAUUACUGCCUUGGAAAUUACCAGGAGGCAGUGAAGUACUAUGAGCAGGAUCUGGCACUGGCCAAAGACCUUCAUGACAAACUGAGCCAGGCGAAAGCUUACUGCAACUUGGGCCUAGCAUUCAAGGCUCUGCUGAACUUCAGCAAAGCUGAAGAGUGUCAGAAGUACCUACUGUCCCUAGCCCAGUCGCUGAAUAAUUCCCAGGCUAAAUUUCGAGCCCUGGGGAACCUGGGUGAUAUAUUCAUCUGUAAAAAAGAUAUAAACGGUGCAAUAAAAUUCUAUGAGCAGCAGCUGGGCUUGGCUCACCAUGUCAAGGACAGAAGACUGGAAGCCAGUGCAUAUGCAGCCCUGGGCACAGCAUACCGGAUGAUCCAGAAAUACGACAAGGCCUUGGGUUAUCACACGCAGGAGUUGGAGGUCUAUCAGGAGCUGAGCGACUUGCCGGGGGAGUGCAGAGCUCACGGGCAUCUGGCUGCGGUCUACAUGGCCCUUGGGAAAUAUACAAUGGCAUUCAAGUGUUAUGAAGAGCAGCUGGAUCUGGGGCAGAAGCUGAAGGACCCCAGUCUGGAAGCCCAGGUCUACGGCAACAUGGGGAUCACAAAGAUGAACAUGAAUGUCAUGGAAGAAGCCAUUGGCUACUUCGAGCAGCAGUUGGCCAUGCUGCAGCAGCUAAGUGGAAACGAGUCUGUGCUCGACAGGGGCCGGGCCUACGGCAAUCUGGGGGAUUGCUACGAGGCCCUGGGUGACUACGAGGAAGCUAUCAAGUACUACGAACAGUAUUUAUCUGUUGCCCAGAGCCUGAAUCGCAUGCAAGACCAAGCCAAGGCUUACCGGGGCCUAGGAAAUGGACACAGGGCAAUGGGGAGCUUGCAGCAAGCCCUUGUGUGCUUUGAAAAGAGGCUCGUGGUCGCCCAUGAGCUUGGGGAGGCCUUUAAUAAAGCCCAGGCGUAUGGAGAGCUAGGAAGUCUGCACAGCCAAUUAGGGAAUUACGAACAAGCAAUUUCCUGCCUCGAACGCCAGCUGAACAUCGCUAGAGAGAUGAAAGACCGAGCUCUGGAAAGUGAUGCAGCCUGUGGCCUUGGUGGCGUUUACCAGCAGAUGGGGGAAUAUGAUACAGCCCUGCAGUACCACCAGCUCGAUCUGCAGAUAGCAGAGGAAACCAACAACCCCACCUGCCAGGGCCGCGCCUAUGGGAACCUGGGCCUGACGUAUGAAUCCCUGGGCACCUUUGAGAGGGCUGUGGUCUAUCAGGAACAGCACUUGAGCAUCGCUGCACAGAUGAAUGACUUGGUGGCCAAGACAGUGUCAUAUAGUAGCCUCGGAAGGACCCAUCAUGCCUUGCAGAACUAUUCCCAGGCAGUCAUGUACUUACAGGAAGGCUUAAGGUUAGCUGAGCAACUGGGCCGAAGAGAAGAUGAAGCCAAAAUUCGACAUGGUCUUGGCCUCUCCCUUUGGGCUAGUGGAAACCUGGAGGAGGCCCAACACCAGCUCUACAGGGCAUCAGCCUUGUUUGAAACAAUCCGACAUGAGGCGCAGCUGAGUACAGACUACAAACUCUCCCUCUUUGACCUGCAGACUUCGUCCUACCAGGCCUUGCAGCGGGUGCUCGUCAGCCUGGGCCAUCACGAUGAAGCCCUAGCGGUGGCGGAAAGAGGACGGACGCGGGCAUUUGCCGAUCUUCUGGUAGAACGACAAACAGGACAACAGGACUCUGACCCCUACUCCCCAGUCACUAUUGAUCAGAUCUUAGAGAUGGUUAAUGGCCAGAGGGGACUAGUGCUUUACUAUUCCCUGGCCGCAGGCUACCUGUAUAGCUGGCUGCUUGCUCCUGGGGCAGGAAUUCUGAAGUUUCACGAACACUACCUGGGUGAUAAUGCGGCAGAAAACUCCAGUGACUUCCAGGCCGGCGGCAGCGCGGCUCUUCCAACAGCCACCAGCUCAGCCCUCGAGCAGCACAUCGCCAGUGUGCGAGAGGCCCUGGGGGUGGAGUCUUACUACUCAAGGGCCUGUGCCAGCAGUGAGACGGAGAGUGAAGCUGGAGACAUCAUGGACCAGCAGUUCGAAGAAAUGAACAACAAGCUCAACUCCGUUACCGACCCGACUGGCUUUCUGCGGAUGGUUCGCCGCAACAACCUCUUCAACAGGAGCUGCCAGAGCAUGACGAGCUUGGGCAGCAACACCAUGUCGCCCAUCAAGGACGGGACCUCCUCUCUGGCCAGGAGGCAGAGCUCGUUCGCCAGGCCCCCGCUCCGUGCUCUGUACGACCUGCUCAUAGCGCCCAUGGAAGGGGGCCUGAUGCACUCCAGUGGCCCCGUGGGCCGGCACCGGCAGCUGGUCCUGGUUCUGGAGGGGGAGCUCUACCUCAUCCCUUUCGCCCUCCUGAAGGGAAGCUCCUCCAACGAGUACCUGUACGAGCGCUUCGCCCUCAUCGCUGUCCCCUCCAUCCGCUCCCUCAGCCCACAGUCCAAGUCUCACCUGAGGAAGAACCCGCCCACAUACUCCAGCUCCACGUCCAUGGCGGCUGUUGUGGGCAACCCCAAGCUCCCGUCGGCGGUGAUGGACAGGUGGCUGUGGGGGCCCAUGCCGUCGGCCGAGGAGGAAGCGUACAUGGUGUCAGAGCUGCUGGGCUGCCAGCCCCUGGUGGGCAGCGUGGCCACCAAAGAACGGGUCAUGAGUGCCCUGACCCAGGCCGAGUGCGUCCACUUUGCCACCCACAUCUCUUGGAAACUGUCGGCCUUGGUCCUCACUCCCAGCGCCGAUGGCAACCCUGCCGGCAGCAAGAGCUCCUUUGGCCACCCCUACACGAUCCCCGAGUCCCUGCGGGUGCAGGACGACGCCAGCGACGGGGAGAGCAUCUCGGACUGCCCGCCCCUGCAGGAGCUGCUGCUCACGGCCGCCGACGUCCUGGACCUGCGGCUUCCCGUGAAGCUGGUGGUCCUCGGCUCCUCGCAGGAGUCCAACAGCAAGGUCACGGCUGACGGCGUCAUCGCACUGACCCGGGCCUUCCUGGCUGCCGGCGCACAGUGUGUUCUCGUAUCUCUGUGGCCUGUGCCCGUGGCCGCUUCCAAGAUGUUUCUCCACGCCUUCUACUCAUCCCUGCUGAAUGGCCUGAAAGCCAGCGCCGCCCUAGGGGAGGCCAUGAAGGUGGUGCAGAGCAGCAAGGCCUUCUCACACCCCUCCAACUGGGCAGGGCUCAUGCUCAUCGGCAGUGAUGUGAAGCUGAACAGUCCCUCGUCGCUCAUCGGCCAGGCCCUCACGGAGAUCCUGCAGCACCCGGAGCGUGCCCGCGAUGCCCUGCGAGUGCUGCUGCACCUGGUGGAGAAGUCCCUGCAGCGCAUCCAGAACGGGCAGCGCAACGCCAUGUACACGUCCCAGCAGAGCGUGGAGAACAAAGUGGGCGGCAUCCCCGGCUGGCAGGCCCUGCUUACUGCCGUGGGCUUCCGGCUGGACCCCCCAGCCAGCGGCCUGCCGGCAGCCGUCUUCUUCCCGACCUCCGACCCCGGCGACCGGCUCCAGCAGUGCAGCAGCACCAUCCAGUCCCUGCUGGGUCUGCCCAACCCUGCCCUCCAAGCCCUCUGCAAGCUCAUCACUGCCUCGGAGACGGGAGAGCAGCUCAUCAGCCGGGCUGUUAAAAAUAUGGUUGGAAUGCUCCACCAGGUGCUGGUCCAGCUGCAGGCCGGCGAGAAGGAGCAGGACUUCGCCUCGGCCCCCAUCCAGGUCUCCAUCAGCGUGCAGCUGUGGCGCCUCCCGGGCUGCCAUGAAUUCCUGGCGGCUCUAGGGUUCGAUCUCUGUGAAGUGGGUCAGGAGGAAGUCAUCCUGAAAACCGGCAAACAGGCCAAUCGGCGAACCAUGCACUUUGCCCUGCAGUCUCUGCUCGCGCUCUUCGAUUCUACUGAGCUCCCCAAGCGCCUCAGCCUCGACAGCUCGUCCUCCCUGGAGUCUCUGGCCUCAGCCCAGUCUGUCUCCAACGCCCUGCCCUUGAGCUACCAGCACCCCCCCUUCUCCCCCACCGGCGCCGACAGCAUCGCCUCGGACGCCAUCUCCGUGUACAGCCUGAGCUCCAUCGCCUCCUCCAUGAGCUUUGUCUCCAAGCCCGAGGCUGGGUCGGAAGCCGGGGGUCCCCGCGGCCGGCAGGACUACGAGCGGUCCAAGAACGCCUACCCACAGCGAUGCACCCUGCCGCGGGGCCAGCUGUCCCCCCACGCCCGCCCUGCCGGCGGCAAAGACGAGGACGAAUACGAGGGCUUUUCCAUCAUCAGCACGGAGCCUUUGGCGGCCUACCAGGAAAACAGGCCGGCGCGCCUCUCGCCAGAUCACAAACAGCCCCGCGCGGGGCCGGCUGCGGGUAUUAAAGUGUCGGUGAGCUCCAAGGGGAGCGUCAGCACACCAAAUUCUCCAGUUAAAGUGACUCUCAUUCCCAGCCCAAACUCGCCCUUCCAGAAGGUGGGAAAGCUGGCCAGUUCGGACACAGGGGAGUCAGACCAGUCUAGCACAGAAACGGACAGUACCGUGAAGUCCCAAGAAGAAAGCAACCCAAAGCUCGAUCCGCAGGAGUUGGCGCAGAAGAUUCUGGAGGAGACGCAGAGUCAUCUCAUGGCGGUGGAGCGCCUGCAGAGGGGCGGCGGCCAGGCCGGCAAGAGCAGUAGCCCGGAGGAGGGCGUCCCUGCGCCCCACAGCGCGGCCGUCUUCCGAGCGUCCGAAACCAGCGCGUUCAGCAGGCCGGCCCUCUCCCACCCCAGGAGCCAGCCGUCGCCGGUUCCCGCGAAACCAAAGCCCCCAGCCAGGAGCUCGUCCCUCCCCAAGGUGAGUUCAGGCUACAGCAGCCCCACGGCCUCCGAGGCGUCCGUCAAGGACAGCCCGAGCCAGCACAGCGGCCGCCCGUCGCCCGCCUCCGACUCCCAGACUUCUCUCCCCGACCAGCCUCUCUUCAAACUGAAGUACCCCAGCUCCCCGUACAGCGCCCACAUCGCCAAGUCCCCCAGGAACGCGUCCCCGAGCUCGGGCCAUCAGUCUCCGGCCGGGAGCGCGCCGUCCCCAGCCCUCUCCUACUCCUCGGCCGGCUCUGCGCGCUCCAGCCCCGCCGACGCCCCCGACGUGGACAGACUGAAGAUGGCGGCCAUCGACGAGAAGGUGCAGGCCGUCCACAACCUCAAGAUGUUCUGGCAGAGCGCACCCCAGCCUCCCACGGGACCCAUGAAAAUAUUCCGGGGCGCCCCUGGCACAAUGACUUCCAAGAGGGACGUGCUCAGUCUGCUCAAUCUGUCCCCGCGGCACACCAAGAAGGAGGAAGGCGUGGACAAGCUGGAACUGAAGGAGCUGUCCCUGCAGCCGCCCGGAGAAGCGCCCCAGAAAGCCCCGCCCAACGGCCACUGGCGCACGGAGACCACGGCGCUGGGCGCGCUGCCCCUGCCCGCCGGACCCCCCGCGCCCGCCCGCCCGCUGAGACUGCCUUCUGGAAACGGCUACAAGUUUCUGUCCUCUGGAAGAUUUUUUCCUUCCUCCAAAUGCUAAAGCAUCUUCUGUACCCGCGGACUCAGGGUGCAGCAGCUGCAGGGGGCCUCCCAGCUCGGCUGAGUGCUGUCACCCCACGCAACCGCCAGCCACCUCACGCUGGGCGCGCCCUCGGGGCGCGGGCCACCACGCACACGGCCGCUGGCGACUCUGGGCCACGCUCACCGGGAGCCAGGACUUCUGUGGGGUUGGCACGGGAGGCCCAGGCAGUUUUCUACACACUUCACCCAAUGUUUACCUUGAACUCCCUGCUUCUCAUCUUUGAUGCGAUUCCUCAACAGGACUUUUGUACAAAAACGGUCACGGUUCUGGGGUGGGGGAGAGGAAAGGGGGAGCACAUAUUUUGCUAAGAGGUAGAUAUGCAGUACCUUUUAUACACAGAAAUACAAAUAGAGCAUUUUUUUUUAAGGCUUUCAGGUGCUGGUUGGGGGUGGGAUAUAUAAAAUCUAAGCUGAAUUCUACAUGAAAGUGUGAUAUUAGCCAAAAACAGAAUGGUUUUUAAAAUGCCAGUGAUGUGUCCCGAAACUAGCGAUUUUGGUCUCCUGAUCCACGUCCCAGCACGGUAGCAAUGCAAUAUUUCACGUUUCAGCAGCGCUUCCUUUCUGAACUCGGCUCUGCUCCAUCGAGCUCUACAGAUGUCCUUGGGGCCCCACUGUCAGCCAAACUUGAAUUUUCUUAAAAAUUUUAUGUAACUCUUCUCCAGGCAUUUUAGAACUAUGCAAUUGUGAUUUAAAAUGCAACUUUGUGCUUUUAAAACAUUACUGACCUUUUUUGUACGUGGAUAAACAACUCGGUUUUAUUAUCAAUAGUACUUUGCAUUUAUAGCUAUUAUUUUUAAAAGCUCAAAUUUUUUAAAAUGUCAAAUUUUGAAUAGUCAUCAAUAAGUAACUAUCAAGUUUGGGGGGGGGAAGGUUGAAAUACUCAGUUUCCUUGUAAACAUAAAAGAAAAAAAAAAAAAUCCCACAGCUAACUCGACUUAACCAGAAUGGAACUUACAGCUCCCAUUCCCUUUAAGCAGCUGCUUCAUUUUAUUCUCUUCUCCCAACUCCAGGCCUCAAACAGCUCUCCUCUCCAAAUCUGUCCCUGGCUCCCAUGCCCCGGCACCCCACGGCUGCAAGCCACUCAGGCACCCUCACCUUUAGCGGGGACCAGCCCCCUCCCUUCCCACAGGACUUUCACGUCCAUGGCCUGAGAAGCAGGGGGCUUUUGUGGGGAUUGACAACCGAGCUAUGGCUGAGCAGGGAAAUAGAUAUUCCUGAAAGUGUUGUCUUGGACAAACGGAGGUGGACUUUUCCUUCAGCUGUGACAGUACACAGAAGUUACCAGCUGGGCGGAGACAAAAGGUAGUCUGGGUAGGGGUGAGCAUUAACUUAUAAAGGAAUGAAAUGCUAAAAAAUCCUAUUAGUACUAAGUUUAGUGGGAGAAUUUACAUAAACUCUUUUUACAUAAUUCUAAAAUGAAAACCUGACCACUCUCCCCAUAAGGGGGUGUCCCACAGAGGUGGGCAGCCAUGUGGCCCACACCACAUGGCAAGGGCAUGGCCUGGCAGGAGACCUCCAAAUAGAGUCUUUAACUUUGGGUAGGAUCUCACUUUCUAAACAUACCCUGACCACUUGCCCUGUUCCUCGGUGUACCGUGAAAAGAGGAAAGGAGAAUAUCUAUCUGGCUAUGUCAUGGAGGUUUUUGCCUUUACCCCAGCAGCCAUGUUGGCGAAAGAAGAACUAAGGAUGUCCCGUUCUAGCCCUGACCCCAACACUGGAAGACAAAUUCUUUAUAAAGAAGCAAGCACUUACGAGGUUCUUUAUGUCAGUAGGGAACAAAUAAACUGUAAUAAAGUACCAGAGUAGCAAAUGAAAGCAAGUUUAUAGCACUGUGCAUUUAGAUAGCAAAAUCAGGUCCUCAGCAACAAAAACGAAACCUCAAUUUCUGAAUCCCUGUGUAGAUAGUUAGACUGUCCCUUUCUCAGCAAUCUCAGCCUCUUUCCCAAGUGCCAAGGAGCCCUGGAGGACAGGCCUGGGAUCUGUGCCCCCCAUGUGAGUGCACCCGUUUGUCCACCUCCGGUGCACGUCCUCUGCCACCCAGACCGCUCCCCAUGGUUACAAGCCAGCAAGGAGGACUCAUGGACCCCAACCUGGUUUUAAUCCUAACUACAUUGUUUUAGGUUUCAUGUUGGAAAACCAAAUGGUGUGGUGUUUUUUGUUUUUUUGGGGGGGGGGGGUCCUAGAUAGAAGCUUUGAUGAAGGAAAGCGAACAGGACAAAAAUGAUAGGCCCAACCUAAAAAUCACCGUAGAGUUGCCAUUUCUUUAUGUUUACUGUCAGUCUUGGUGUUUUCUUUAUGAGUGAAAUGGAUGUCAAAUCAAAGUAACUUUUUCAGGCUCCUCCCCUGAAAAAUGUAUGCACUUAAAAAUGAAAUGAGACUGUAUAAUUCACAGAUUUCCUUGUACAGAUCAGGGGUUGGCAGAUGAUGACCCACACGCUAAAUCUGGUCAGAAGCUUGGGUUUUUAUAGCCAUGAGAUAGGAAUGGAUAUGACGUUUAAAUAGUUCUAUAAGUACAGGCACCAUAUUCUUGAUUUUGCCUCUUGGCCCACAAAGCCUGAAAUACCUAAUACCUGACCUUUUAAGGAAAAGUUUGCUGACUCCUGGUAUAGGGGACAAUUAGAAUGUUUUGUUUCUACAGUCUAGGGAAAGUGAGUGUCAAGUUGUGGAUAAAACUGGCAUGCAUGGGAACCCUGAGCCACGCGGAGAGAAGCACAUGGCUCCUGCAUAGUCCGUGGCUCUUCGCCCCAACUGGAAUGAGCCAAUGGACAUGGGUAAAAUUUACAAAAAUAUCUUUUCCUCACUAUAUGCAGAUAGCUUUGGAUAGAUUUCUUUUUCAGCUCAGGAAACGAAUGCCCUGCCCCUGUGCUACUCCACCAGAUGCAAAUAUACACUCAACACAAGCAAUAAAAUCUCCCUCUCCUAGAAACCUUGGUAUGACCACAAAGUAAGGUAGUAGAUCCUAUCUUAACUCGUACCAGCGAACUACUCAACUACUUCACUGAUUUCAGUUACAUCAAAAUACCAAGACAAAAUGAGCUCUAAAACUUACAUUUUGGUCCACAUUAGUGUGUAGUGAAACAAAAACGUUCUCACCUCCAUUCCGUUUGAAAUGUGUCAUGGUCCACACGGAUACUCGCGGGGUCUCGGCAGGAGCUGCGGUGCUGCACACGCCGUCCUCCUGCUCGCGCAUCCCAGCAGAUCUCAGCAGGUGGUCACCGUAGCAAGUCCCCCGAAAGGUGCCUGUCCCACUGCCUCCCAUGAUCACUUUGUUAGUUUCAGUUCAGUUUGGAAAAAAUACCAGGCAAUCCUCUGGUUGCUUUUAGUAAGUAGGCAAAAGGUGAAAACGGCAUAAUUUUCAUCAAACAUUUUUGUUGUUUUACCUAAAAUGAUUGUACGUGUGGUUUGUGGACUGGACCCUUGUUUGUAACCGAUCUUUCAGAGAUGUUCCAUGUAAGGACACAGGCGGUCACCUCUCCCCUCCUCAGACGUCUUCCCCACUUGGCACUCACCCCCCUUGUAUGCAGUGUUAGCCAUCUUUGGCCUAUGUGGACUUUUUUGUAAAUUACACUUUCCAGAUGGCAUUAAACUUUUUAUAUUACGAAAUUUACCAUGUAAAAAGAACUUCAUAUUUUUAUUGAGAUUGUUAAGGCACUUGGCCUUCCUUUGUGAUUUCAGUGUCUAUUAAAGCAUGAGUUCCCUCGG